AUGAUAAACCUUUUCAUUCUAGGCCUGAUCGAAGUGAUACUCUGCACUAACAAAUUUUAUUUGCAGGAUCCGAGUAACGAUAUUACAAAGCCAAGAACUCAUGCCAAGAUUUCAGAUAGCGAUACUCAUUUCGAUUUUUACUUCGAAUUCAGUGAAGAUAAGAAGGAAGUGAUAAUGUUCAUCGAAAUAGACAAGAUUAGCUAUUUUUCAUUGGGACUGGGAAAGUCUAUGUCAGAUGCAGAUUUGUGGGUAUUCGAGGUUUAUGAGAACGUGAUAACUGUUAAAUGA